CAUGCAGUUGCCUGUGACAGCUCCUGUUGAAUAAACUGAGACUGGAACAUCUUGUAUCAGCUCUUGUACCUGUACCUGCCACGAUGAGAAGUUGCAUAAGAUCUUUUUGGAUCCCUGUCUAGCUGAUCAAUGUUACCAAAUUCUCUCUCGUGACAUUCUCAAGCAGCCAAAAUGAAGUUGAAGCAUAACAUCAACCCUGUUCUUCUACAGUUGAUAAACUUCAUAGUGCUGUUGUACUCCCUUGUAACGUACAUUCCAUGGUACAUACUUUCAGGAUCAAAGCAGGCUAUAGCAAAAGCCAAGCAGGUUAAAGCCAGACCUGUGAAUAACAAGCCUGGGGGUGCAUACAGAUCUGUUAACAGUCUGCAUUGCUUAGCUUCAGUUUUAUAUCCUGGGUGUGAUACACUCGACAAAGUUUUUAAAUACGCUAAAACUAAAUAUAAGGACAAAAAACUCUUGGGAACACGUGAAAUUCUGAAAGAGGAAGAUGAAAUCCAGCCAUCAGGAAAAGUUUUUAAAAAGGUCAUCCUUGGCAAGUACACCUGGCUUUCUUACGAAGAUGUAUACAUUAAAGCUGUUAAUUUUGGAAAUGGCUUAGCAGUCUUGGGUCAGCAGCCAAAGACUAACAUUGCCAUCUUCUGUGAGACCAGAGCUGAGUGGAUGAUUGCAGCCCAGGCCUGCUUUAUGUGCAACUACCAGCUUGUUACUCUGUAUGCCACGCUGGGAGGCCCAGCAAUAGUCCAUGGGCUGAAUGAAACAGAGGUGACCACCAUCAUCACUAGUAAAGAAUUGAUGCAAACAAAAUUGAAGGAAAUUGUUUCUCAAGUUCCACUACUGCGACACAUAAUCACAGUGGAUGGCAAACCCACAACGUGGUCAGAGUUCCCCAAGGGUGUCAUUGUUCACACGAUGGCAUCUGUGCAAGCCAUGGGGGCCAAGGCAGACACUGGAAACAAGCAGCCAUCCAGGCCUGUGCCCUCGGAUAUCGCAGUGAUCAUGUACACAAGUGGAUCCACAGGAAUUCCCAAAGGAGUUAUGAUCUCCCAUUGCAACAUAAUUGCUGGCAUAACUGGAAUGGCUGAGAGGAUCCCAAAUCUGGGGGAAAAAGACAUUUAUAUUGGGUACCUGCCCCUUGCCCAUGUUCUGGAGCUGAGUGCCGAGCUUGUGUGUCUGUCUCAUGGGUGCUGCAUCGGUUACUCUUCCCCUCAGACCUUGGCUGACCAGUCUUCUAAAAUAAAGAAAGGAAGCAAAGGGGAUGUUACUACACUUAAGCCAACUCUAAUGGCAGCUGUUCCGGAAAUUAUGGAUCGAAUCUACAAAAAUGUCAUGAAUAAAGUGAAUGAAAUGACCAGUUUCCAGAGGAAUCUAUUUAUAUUGGCCUACAACUACAAAAUGGAACAGAUUUCCAAAGGUUACACUACCCCACUCUGCGACAGCCUUAUCUUCCGCAAGGUGCGGAUGCUGCUGGGCGGGAAGAUCCGCAUCCUGCUGUGCGGCGGCGCGCCGCUCUCGGCAGCCACGCAGCGCUUCAUGAACAUCUGCUUCUGCUGCCCCGUGGGGCAGGGCUACGGCCUCACCGAGUCCGCCGGGGCCGGCACCAUCACCGAAGUUUGGGACUACACUACAGGAAGAGUGGGAGCACCUUUGGUCUGUUGUGAAAUCAAGUUAAUGAACUGGGAAGAAGGUGGAUAUUACAACACUGACAAACCAUAUCCUAGAGGUGAGAUCCUUAUUGGAGGGCAGAAUGUGACUGUGGGCUACUACAAAAAUGAAGCACGAACCAGGAAAGAUUUCACUGUUGAUGAGAAUGGGCAGAGGUGGCUCCACACUGGAGACAUUGGAGAGUUUCAUCAUGAUGGAUGUCUAAAAAUUAUUGAUCGCAAAAAGGAUCUUGUAAAACUGCAGGCAGGAGAAUAUGUUUCUCUUGGCAAAGUAGAAGCAGCUCUGAAGAAUCUCCCACUGGUGGAUAAUAUUUGUGCAUAUGCAAGCAGUUUCCAUUCUUAUGUCAUUGGAUUUGUUGUGCCAAAUCAAAAGGAGCUCGCAGAACUAGCCCGAAAAAAAGGAUUUAAAGGAACCUGGGAAGAGAUCUGUAACAGUCCUGAGAUGGAAAAAGAGGUUCUGAAGGUGCUAGCUGAGGCUGCCAUGGCAGCAAAUCUGGAGAAGUUUGAAAUACCAGUAAAGAUCCGUUUGAGCCCUGAUCCUUGGACCCCAGAGACUGGUCUGGUGACAGACGCGUUCAAACUCAAACGCAAAGAGCUGACGGCGUUCUAUCAAACGGACAUUGAUCGAAUGUACGGAAAAAAUGUAAAAUAAUCCUCCUCUCCACCACUUUGCUACAAUGAGCUUGGAUCAAAUAGGAAAUACUUGAAUUGCCUGUCUCAACUCAUCACUUGAGAUCAACACACAAAACCACCAUUCCUCAUUUCCAGCUUAAACUGUUCUUUCUAACGACAUCACCAUGAUGACUGGCAAGUUUAGUAAAAUGUUAUGGCAGCAAACUUGUGUCUGUCUCCUUUUUUCCAGUUUUCUCUGCUACCUUGUCAGUCUGUGGAUUUUCCCGGGUCUUUUUGGGAAACCAUGAUUCUGAAGCCUCAAAUUUUUAAACAUUUAUAAAUCCUGUAUAAUGUUUUAUUUGUAUCUUUAAAAUUUGGAUGUAUAUAGAGAGACUUGGCUAUAUAAGAAAUGGUUAUACUGGGGGCCUUUUUUUACCUAAUUAUU